AUGGUCAUUCCUUGCCCACCCAACCCCCUCUUGACUCUCACAGCUGAACUCAUGCGAUUCAUGCUCCAAAGGGUACUCAUAGGCGAGGAAAGAAUGGUGAAUGGCAAUGGAGUUCUUUCUGUCUGUGGAAGUCAAGAACGAGCCGCCACGCCGUUCCUCAACGCACUCCUAUCUCAACGUGAGAAUCGAUCAAACAUCGCGUUCAGUGCUGCUCUUUGCACCGUCGUUUGUUCGCACUUAGAGGAUGGCUCACUGACAUACAAUUCCGCCAAGUCUGCACGAACCUGCGUCGACGACCUGGGCGUUACCGACCAUCAGCCGAUUCAGCCCAAACGAGCCUUUUCGAACGACCUACUCACAUCGGCUCAUGUAGACAGCAGUCAACAUGAAGGUCUUGAGGCUGGAUGCGAUGUGGCCGUCGAGGAGUGUGCCGGAUUCGCAGAGAGCUGA